AAGCAAAGUCUUUGGUUCGAUAUUCUCUAUAACCUCUUACUCUCUCUACUCUGGUCUUCGUCAAAUCUCAAAAGAGAAAUACUAUAUUGAUGUCUCUUCAACGACCCAAUGGGAACUCGAGUUCUUGUUCUUCCCCAAGAAGCAAAAACCUGAGGAGAGUGAUGAAGAGUUGUUGAUGGUUCCAGACAUGGAAGCAGCUGGAUCAACAGGUGUUCUAAGCAGCAGCGCAGACGACGGAGUCAACAAUCCGGAGACUGAACAGACCCAAAAUGAAACCUCCAACGCUAAGCGCCGCCGUGGACGAAACCCAGAGGAUAAAGAAUACAGAAGCCUCAAGAGAUUGUUGAGAAAUCGAGUAUCAGCUCAACAGGCGAGGGAGAGGAAGAAAGUGUAUGUGAGUGAUUUGGAAUCAAGAGCUAAUGAGUUGCAGAACAACAAUGAGCAGCUUGAGGAGAAGAUUUCUACUUUGAUGAACGAGAACACAAUGCUUCGCAAGAUGCUUAUUAACACUAGGCCUAAAGCUGAUGACAAUCAUUGAGAGGAGCCACCUUCAAUUAAUUCAAUGUUGUGUGAUUUUUCUGUAUACGAUUUUUGUUCGAAUAACAUUCGAUUUGUGACGCCUCUCCAAUAAUCUGAAUUUUUCCUCGGUUGAAUGUGAUUUGAAAGUUG